AUGGCUUAUGACCGGUAUGUGGCCAUUUCCAACCCCCUGCUUUAUGCUCAGGCCAUGUCAAGGAGAUUGUGCAUCUGUUUGGUUGUCCAUUCAUAUACUGGGGGUUUUGUCAAUGCAGUAAUAUUAACGAGCAACACAUUCACAUUGGAUUUUUGUGGUGACAAUGUCAUCGAUGACUUUUUCUGUGAUGUCCCACCCCUGGUGAAGUUGGCAUGUGAUGUGAAGGAUAGCUAUCAGGCCGUGCUGUACUUCCUCCUGGCCUCCAAUGUCAUCACCCCCGCGCUGCUCAUACUCGCCUCCUACCUCUUCAUCAUUGCCGCCGUCUUGCAGAUCCACUCCACACAGGGCCGCCUCAAAGCCUUCUCCACCUGCUCCUCCCACCUGAUCUCUGUCACCUUGUACUACGGCUCCAUUCUCUACAUCUACUCUCGCCCAAGUUCCAGCUAUUCCCUUGAGAGGGACAAAGUGGUUUCUACCUUUUAUACUGUGUUGUUUCCCAUGUUGAAUCCCAUGAUCUACAGUCUGAGGAAUAAAGAUGUGAAAGAAGCUCUGAAAAAAAUCUUCAAGUUAGCACAAUCCGAGGGCAUAGCUAGUGCUUGGUCGGGAGUAAAUAAAGAGAAUUGUACCAUAGUACAAGGUGACAGCUGUCAGGUGAGACCCACAAGUGGAGAAGGCCUUGAGGCGGCCCUGGGUGGAGCGGAUCUUCAAGAUGGUGACAAUGAUGAAGAAGUAGGAGGCAAAGAUAAGAGUGGUGGGAGUGAUGACAUUGGAG